CAGAUAUAGUUAUAAGAAAUAACUAGUUUUGUUACUAACAUUAUAAUGGCUUCAAAUACUUCCGACGAGUACAGCUUAUGGGAAACAGAUGGAAAAAUUGAUCAACCACUAGAGGGGGUAUCUGUGGGGAGUAGCUCAAAUGACGGUAAAACUCACACAUUCACGAAAUUUCCAUCAUCUGCGGUCGAUGAAGAAGAUGAUGAGGAGACUGGUGGCGAUUCCGCAAAGUUGGUGAAUAAGAAAUCGUCGCCGAUAUGGAGUUUCGAUUUCUACAAGGAAUUAUUUGAUGUCGAUACGUACGUUGUUCUGGGAAGAAUCAAAGGUUCAGUUCUGCCUAUUCCGAGCGCUGAUUACCAUAGGAAUUAUAUCGGUGGAAAUCCCGAUGUCUAUGGGCCUUUCUGGAUCUGCGCAACGCUUGUUAUGACGAUAGCUAUAUGUGGGAAUUUGACAACCUAUUUCAACAACUUCUCUGACGUGAAUUACAACUAUAAUCCGGAAUUUCAUCGUCUCGUAAUUGCGAUGGUGAUCGUUUACGGAUACACUUUUCUGAUCCCAUUAGUCAUUCGUGGAAUAUUAUUUUUCACAAAAAUGCAAGCCAGUUAUGGGUACCUCGACAUUCUAUGCUUAUACGGUUACUCGAUGUUCAUGUUCAUCCCUCUCUCGUUUCUACUUCUGAUUCCGAAUUGCACGGUUGAGUGGAUUCUUGUUGUCAUAACAGCGGUUAUUUCUGGCAUGGUGAUUAUCGUUAGCCUCUGGCCGAAAAUGCGCGAGGAAGGAACUAAACGAACAAUGAUUGUACUGGCAGUUGUUUUCGUCCUACAUUUUGCUUUUUCACUCAGUUUUAGAUUAUAUUUUUUCAGCUCAAUUAAGUGUUCCCCCUGGAUGGAUAGUAGUAAUUCUACUGUAGUGAACAACACCACCCAACCUGCUAUAAUUGCAACCACUCAUAUUAGCACCAUCGCCGCUUAAAUUUUUCGUUUUGUAUAUGUAAAAUGCCAUGUAUGAGAAACAUUACCAGAGGUUUUUACUCUGGCAUUCAGGAAAAUUUUCAACACAGAGUUGAGGUCAAUUGUAAAUUUUGGUCUAGUAGUAUAUUGCAUGUCUUCACAACCCUGCGCCAUAUUCAUUCAGUAUUUCAAAUUUUCCAAAUUAAAACUCCUUGGGUGGCCGUAAAUCAGGGUGGUCCAAGGUUGUCGGCUCUGCGGGUCACAAUUUUAUUUUUUCAUUGUUCGCGGGUCACCAUAGUGCCAAGAAUGGGUAAACAGUGCAAUACAAAACAAACACUGUCAUUGUGCAAACACAUAGAAGAUAUCAGACAUAGCCAUCCCAGGCUAAUAGAAUCCGCAUUUUAUCUAGAAACAACACAAAAUGCGAUUUAUUGAUAACUCUCCAAAUGUGACGUGGGUCUCAGAUAAUGAAGCGGAGGGCCACACAUGUGGCCCGUAGGGCCUGAGUUUGGACCACCCUAGCCUAAACACUUAACUGAAAUAGAAAUGCUUUCCAAAUUUCUGUUUUGUAUCAGAAAUCAGUAGAUAAAGUUUCAGUAUUUUUGUUUUAAACCUGGGAGUGGGGGGUAAAAAAUUUUGUGCCAAGUUUGGUUCAGUUUGAGUUUUUCAGUUUUAUUACUGCUAAUGGAGGCUGCAUAUGUGCACAAUUUUGAAUAAUGAGCUUCUAAUCAAUUAAUUUGAAUGGUUAAAUUAUUUUCUAUUAAUCAAGAUGCAUAUUUCUUUUAUUGAAUACUACUUAUAUUGGUAUUGUAUAUUAGUUCAAGUAAUAUAGGUUUGAAACAACUA